AUGGGUUCCGUCACUCGGGCAGUCGGGGGGCUGCGGUGGGGAAGGCGCGGCUCGGCCCGCCAUGCAGCGGCGGUGGCAGGAGCGGGAAAGCCACCACGGGCGGCGGCGGCGGGGCGGGAGGCUGGGCUGGAGCGGCAGGGAGGUGCCGGGAAUCUGCCGCGGGGAGGAGCGCGGCGUGCGGCCACCGGGAGCUGGACUGGCCCGGCGAGCAGGGGCGGCCCUGACGGGAGACUCGGCUGGAGCGGGGACAGGCACGGCAGAGGCUGCGGCCGCCGCGGCGCCGGCACGGGGGCUGGCCGGCUGGGGCGCCCGGGUGCUGUGCCGGGAGGGGGGGGAUGGCUGAAACGCCGGCAGGGACAGGGUCUGCCGUGCGCGUCUGCCCUGCCGCGGGGCCCGGGGGCAGCUCGGGGUGCGGGGGGAGCGGCAAAGGGCACUGGGGACUCAGCGCGGCCGCGCCCGGCGUGCUCGGCACCCCAGAGCCGGGAGCCGCAAAAACCCAGCAGCAGCGACGGGACUCGGGCCACCACCGGCCCUGCUGUGUUGGCAAAGGGGGCGGGCGGAGCAGCAGGAGCAGUGGCACUCGGGGAGAACGGGACAGAAACGGCGGGGGCAGGAGGGGGCGGGGCCGCGGUGACACAGGUGGGCUCCUCGGAGAGGCGGGAUUGCGGGGCGGGGCCCGCGGUACCCGGGACAGCAGGGACCAGCAGGAUGGCAAAGGCAGGGAUGGCGGGAGGGGGCAGGGGUGGGCAGGGCCGCGGGUACUGGAGCUGUAGGGUCCAAAGGGGAGGUGGGGGGCGUGUCCCAUUAGAGACUCAGAGCGGCGGCAAGGGGCGGAGUCGUACCACGAGCCGAGGUCGGCCGGGUGGUUGCUACGGGCACCGCCCCGUGCAGGAAACGACUCAAGCUGCGGCCGACUCCGCGGCAGCCACGGCCCGGCGGGAGAUACUAUUAAAGUGCUUAAUGAAACCUGUGUCCCAAAAGCCUCUGGCAAACAUGGUGUACAACAGUCUCGAUUUGCGACGGUCCCGCUUUACGGCCCCGUUUACGGCAGUCGCGCUUUACGGCCCCUUUUACGACAGUGCUGCUUUACGGCAGUUUCCGACAGUCGCGCUUAACGACCCCUUUUACGACAGUCGCGAUUUACGGCAGUUUUACGACAGUCGCCUUUACGGCCCCUUUUACGACAGUG